UUCAAAGCAGUGGAUGCCGAGCUCUGAACCGGUUGCACCCUCCGCUUCCCAGCCAUCUCCCGGGACUGAAAUUGGAGUUUUUACUGGGGGAGCCUGCACUGGGGCCUGGGCUGAAGCCUGGGAGUUCUGGCGGCUCACACCUGGGCCCAGGACCAUGUCUGCCAACAAAGGCUGGUGGGUGCCGCCUGAGGGCGAGGACAGUGUGUCUGAGAAGUUUCUAAGGAAGACGCAGGAAUCCCCACUGGUGCCCAUAGGCUUGGGAGGCUGCUUGGUGGUCGCAGCAUACAGGAUUUACCGGCUGAAGGCUCGCGGCCCCACCAAGAUGUCUAUUCACCUGAUCCACACGCGGGUGGCAGCGCAGGCCUGUGCCGUGGGGGCAAUCAUGCUGGGUGCUGUGUAUACAAUGUACAGAGAUUACAUCAAGAGGUCAGCACAGGACGCUGGAGAGAAGUAGAACACCCACAGGAGCCAGGGCAGUCAGACCUCCAAAAUCAACCCUGAGAUGCCCCUAAUAAAGCAGUUUUGCGGAAAA